AAGAUACAAGUGAGAGAUUAAAUUUGGCAAAAGAAAAGAAACCAAAAGUUUCUACUAUAUUAGAUUUUUCUCGAAGAAGUACUUUGAUAUCUCAAAAGGAGUUAAAUUUGAUUCAAAAUCUAGUCAUUAAUGCUGCAUUGCCAUUUAAUUUAGUGGAGCAUGAAGACUUUAAAAAAUUGGUAACAGUUGGAUAUAACGGCUGUCAUGUAUUAAGAAGGAAAACAUUGAUGAAAAAUAUAACGGUUCAACAUGAAAAUCUCAUACUAACAAUGAAAGAUACAUUUUCCAAAGGAUUAUAUUAUGUCAUUGGAUUAAUCCAAAAACUCUUGAAAGAGUAUCUUGUUUGUUGGCCAUUAAAGGGUAGUCAUACGUACAAUAUAUUAGCUAAAGCAAUAGAAUCAGUAUAUUCGUACUUUAAUAUUAGGGACAAAGUCAUAUAUACAACAACUGAUAAUGGAUCAAAUUUUGUCAAAAGUUUUCAAAUGUUUGGUCAAUCAUCAGAGGUUCAAGCUGUUUAUAAUAACCAAAAAGAAAAAGAAAUACUUAAUACUUUGGAAGAAAUAAAUGAAGAAGAAAAUGUACAUGGCAAUUAUGGGGAAAGUAAUAUUGAAGAAGAAGAAGAAGAAGACUUUGAGUUUUCUAGUAUACCAAUUUCUGAGGUUCUAAAUAAUGAAGAAUUUAGUUCAAACCAACAAAGCAAUUCUAAUUGGGAAGACACUUUACUGUAUAAUUUGCCCAAACAUCACCGAUGUGCUUCACACACUCUCAAUUUAAUCGCAACAGCAGACAUUGAAAAUGCUUUGAGAUGUAAUGAUGACAAAAAUGUAACCAACAGAUCUUUAUUGGGAACAUAUAAAAAGCAAAGUAGACUAAUAUUUGCAAAAUGUCAAGCUAUUUGGAACAAACAGAACCGUUCUAGUCAAAUGGCUGACAUAGUUAAAACCAAUUUAGAUGUAUACUUAAAAACUCCUAAUGAUACCCGUUGGAAUUCCUGGUUUGAUGCUAUAAAAUUCCUUAUUAUUCAUUUUAAAAUGAGCCCUUCUAAAUUUUAUAAGGCAUGCGAUGCUCUAACAGUAAACCGUUUUUCUAAAACCGAUAUAGAAUUUUUGGAUGAGUAUUUACUAAUUAUGGAACCACUGUGUGUGUGUCUAGAUGUAUUACAAGGGGAAAAACAUAUGUAUUUUGGAAAAAAAUUAAUUUUUUGCGAUUUCCUGGUUACUGUGCUUAAGAAUAGUGUAGAAAAACAUUUUAAUAAACAGCUCAGUGAUCCAUUUUUAUUGUCUGCUACACUUUCACAUCCAUAUUUCAAAACAGCUUGGCUUAACAAUAGUAACAAAAAAGAUACAGCUUUAUCAUUUUUAUAA